AUGGUACGCACUUUGACGGCCGCGGCGGCGGCCUUGCUCGUUUCGACCUCCCUUGCGGCCACGGCCGCGGUCGCCGACGACAUCAAUCCGGCGGUCGUCUUCGACAUGGGCGGCAAGUUCGACAAGUCCUUCAACGAGGGCGUCUUCAACGGGGUCGAGAAGUUCAAGAAGGAAACCGGCGUUUCCUAUCGGGAGUUUGAGGUCACCAACGAAACCCAGCGCGAACAGGCGCUGCGGCGCAUGGCCCAGCGCGGCGCCGACCCGAUCAUCGGGGUCGGGUUCGCCCAGGCGCCGGCCCUCGAAAAGGUGGCCAAGGAGUUUCCGGACACCCGCUUUACGAUCAUCGAUUCCGUUGUCGACCUGCCGAACGUCCGUUCGGUGGUGUUCAAGGAGCACGAGGGCUCCUUCCUCGUCGGCAUGAUUGCGGCGCUGAAGUCGGAGUCCGGCAAGGUCGGCUUCGUCGGCGGCAUGGAUAUCCCGCUGAUCCGCAAGUUCGCCUGCGGUUACGAGCAGGGCGCCAAGCACGUGAGCGGCAACACCGAGGUGCUGCAGAACAUGACCGGCACCACGCCGGCCGCCUGGAACGAUCCGACGCGCGGGUCGGAACUGGCCAAGAGCCAGUUUGACCGCGGCGUCGAUGUGAUCUACGCGGCUGCCGGCGGCACCGGCGUCGGCGUCUACCAGACCGCCAAGGACAGCGGCAAGUUCGCCAUCGGCGUCGACUCCAACCAGAACCACCUGCAGCCGGGCACCAUGCUGACCUCCAUGCUCAAGCGCGUGGAUGUCGCGGCCUACAAGGCCUUCAAGGACGCUCAUGACGGCAGCUGGGCCCCCGGCAUCCAGGUGCUGGGCCUGGCCGAAGAGGGUGUGGGCUGGGCGCUUGACGAGUACAACAAGGACCUGGUCUCGGCGGACAUGAUGGCAAAGGUGGAAGCCGCGGCCGCGGACAUUGUUUCCGGCAAGCUCAGCGUCCACGACUAUAUGAGCGACAACAGCGCCGGCGACUCGCCCGCCAUCGAGCUGCGGGGGAUCAGCAAAGCCUUCGGGCCGGUUCAGGCCAACAAGGACGUCUCGCUGAACAUCCGCCCGGGGUCGAUCCACGGCAUCAUCGGCGAAAACGGCGCCGGCAAGUCGACCCUGAUGAGCAUCCUCUAUGGCUUCUACGAAGCCGACAGCGGCGAAAUUCUCAUUUCCGGCGUGCCGACGCGGAUCCGCUCUUCCAACGACGCCAUCGCCGCCGGCAUCGGCAUGGUCCACCAGCACUUCAUGCUGGUCGACAACAUGUCCGUCGUGGAGAACAUCAUGCUGGGCGCGGAAUCCGGCGCGAUCCUGACCUCCAGCGUCGCCGCCGCGCGCGCCGAACUGGAGCGCCUGGAACGGGACUACGAUCUGGAGGUCGACCCGGAUGCGUUGGCCGGCGAACUGCCGGUGGGCCAGCAGCAGCGCGUCGAGAUCCUGAAGGCGCUUUACCGCGGCGCCGACAUCCUGAUCCUCGACGAGCCGACCGGCGUGCUCACCCCGCAGGAAACCGAUCAACUCUUCCGCAUUCUCGAUUCCCUGCGUCAGCAGGGGGUGACCAUCGUUCUGAUCACCCACAAGCUGCAGGAGAUCAUGGCAGUCACCGACCAUGUCUCCGUCAUGCGCGGCGGCGAGAUGAUCGCCCAUCGCAGGACCAGCGAGACCAGCAAGGAAGAGCUGGCAGAGCUGAUGGUCGGGCGCAAGGUGCUGCUGCGGGUCGACAAGGCGGCGCCCCAGGCCGGCGAGACCGUUCUGGCGCUGGAGAGCCUGACCUUCGUGGACCGUGUGGGCGUGAAGCGCGUCGACAACGUCAGCUUCUCGGUGCGCGCCGGGGAGAUCGUCGGCAUCGCCGGCGUUUCCGGCAACGGCCAGAGCGAGCUUCUGGAUCUGCUGUCCGGCAUCCGCCCGAUCAGCGCCGGACGCUUUACCAUGAUGGGGCAGACCUUCUCCGCGGGCCAUCCGCUCGACCCCGCCACCAUGCGCGACCUCAAGGUGGCGCACGUGCCGGAGGACCGGCUGCGCAGCGGCCUCGUGCGCACCUUCGCCGCCGAGGAAUCGGCGAUCUUGGGCUACCACAACGACCCCGCCUACAACGGGCGCGUACUCAUGAACCAAGAGGUGAUUCACGAGGACUGCGCCAGGAAGAUGGCGGAUUUCGAUGUGCGUCCGCAGAACGCCAGCCUGAAGACCGCCAACUUCUCCGGCGGCAAUCAGCAGAAGCUGAUCCUGGCGCGGGAAAUCUCGCGCAGCCCGCGCCUUCUUCUGGUCGGCCAGCCGACCCGCGGCGUCGACAUCGGCGCCAUCGAGUUCAUUCACCGCAACAUCAUCGCCAUGCGCGAUUCGGGCUCCGCCGUGCUGCUGGUUUCCGUGGAGCUGGAGGAAAUCAUGUCGCUGAGCGACCGCAUCGUCGUGAUGUUCGAAGGGCGCAUCGUCGGCGAGCUGCCGGCCCAUGAAGCCAACGAGCGCCUGCUCGGCCUGAUGAUGGCCAACGCGGCGCCGGCACGUCUCGGGCGCAUGAGCGCGGCGCCGGGCAGCAUUCCGCGCUGGGUCGAUAUCGGCCUCAUUCCGCUGGUCAACAUCGCGCUGGCCUUCUUCGUCUCCGGCAUCAUCCUCUGGACCAUCGACGUCGAUCCCUUCACCGCGGUGGAGAUCAUUCUCUUCGGCGCCUUCGGCUACGACGAGGCGAUCGGCUACACGCUCUACUACACCACCAACUUCGUCUUCACCGGACUGGCGGUGGCGGUCGCCUUUCACGCCGGGCUGUUCAACAUCGGCGGCGAAGGCCAGGCCUACAUCGGCGGCCUGGGCGUCGGCCUCGGCAUCCUGCUCGUCGACACGACUCUCCCGUUUGUGCUGAUCCUGCCGCUUUCGAUCCUGCUGGCCGCCGCCUUCGGCGCCGGCUGGGCGGCGAUUCCGGCCUACCUGCAGGCCUAUCGCGGCAGCCACAUCGUCAUCACCACCAUCAUGUUCAACUUCAUCGCUUCGGCGCUGAUGGUCUACCUGAUGGUGAACAUCCUCAUUCAGCCGGGCUCCAUGUCGCCGGAAAGCCGCGAGUUCGCGGCUUCCGGUCAACUGCCGUUCAUGCACGAGGUCUUCGGCUGGUUCGGCAUGCAGGUCACGCCCUCGCCACUGAACCUUUCUGUCGUCUGGGCGGCAAUCUGCUGCGUACUCGUCUGGGCCUUCAUCUGGCGCACCCGCUGGGGCUAUCAGAUCCGCACCGUCGGCGCCAACGAGACGGCGGCCAUCUAUGCCGGCAUCGAUCCGCGCCGUGUCAUCAUGCUGGCGAUGGCCGUGUCCGGCGCGCUGGCCGGCUUCGUCGGCAUCAACGAGGUGAUGGGCGUCCACCACCGCCUGCUGCUGAACUUCACCGCCGGCUACGGCUUCACCGGCAUCGCGGUCUCCCUGAUGGGCCGCAACCACCCCGUCGGCAUCGUGCUCGCCAGCCUGCUCUUCGGCAUGCUCUACCAGGGCGGCGCGGAACUGGCCUUCGAGGAGCCGAAGGUGACCCGCGAACUGGUGGUGACCAUCCAGGGCCUGGUGAUCCUCUUCUCCGGUGCACUGGCCUUCAUGAUGAAGGGCCCCAUCGAGCGGGCCUAUCUGCGCAUCGGGCUGCUCUUCAACCUGCUGCUUUCCAUCGACGCCACCUUCCGGGUCGCGACGCCGCUGGUGCUCUGCGCCAUGGCCGGGCUCUUCGCCGAGCGUUCCGGCGUCAUCGAUAUCGGCCUGGAGGGCAAGAUGCUGGCCGCCGCCUUCGCCGCGGCCUCCAUGGCGGCGGUCACCGGCUCGGCCUGGCUGGCGCUCGGCGCCGGCAUGGUCGUCUCCGUGGCCCUGGCCCUGCUGCACGGUUUUGCCUGCAUCACCCACCGCGGCAACCAGGUUGUCAGCGGCGUGGCCAUCAACAUCCUGGUCUCCGGCCUCACCGUGGUCCUGGGCAUCGCCUGGUUCGCCCGUGGCGGCCAGACUCCCUCCGUCUCCAACGAAGCCCGCUUCACGCCGAUCACCUGGCCCGGCGCCGAGACGCUGGCCGGCGUGCCGAUCCUCGGCCCGAUCUACAGCGAGCUGCUCAGCGGCCACAACCUGCUGGUCUAUGUCGCCUUCCUCAUCGUCCCGCUCACCUGGUGGGUGGUUUAUCGUACCCGCUUCGGCCUGCGCCUGCGCGCCGUCGGCGAGAACCCCAACGCGGUCGACACGGCGGGGAUUUCGGUCAGCGGCCUGCGCUAUGCGGCGAUGCUCUGCUGCGGCGCGCUCUGCGGCAUCGCCGGCACCUAUCUCUCCAUCGCCCAGAACGCCGCCUUCGUGCGCGACAUGACGGCCGGGCAGGGCUAUAUCGCCCUGGCGGCGAUGAUCUUCGGCAAGUGGCGGCCCGUGCCGGCCAUGCUCGCCUGCCUGAUGUUCGGUUUCCUGGACGCCGUGGCGAUCCGCCUGCAGGGCGUCGAGGUGCCGGUGAUCGGGCCGAUCCCGGUGCAGCUCAUCCAGGCGCUGCCCUAUGUGCUGACCGUCGUUCUGCUGGCCGGCUUCAUCGGCCGGGCCAUCGCCCCCAAGGCCAGCGGCAUUCCUUACGUAAAAGAACGCUAG